AAAAAGAUUUUCUUUAAUAUCACGCGACCUGCUAUCGUCACAUGUAUGAUCCCGCCUGGACAGUUAAAAUCUCAAUUAACGAACCCAAGCUACGUCUAUAAACCUCCCUUUUUCGAUCCAGAUUUCCAGUUUAACCGAAUAUCUCUACACACAUUACCCCCCUUACUCUUUUCUUUCUGUGCAAAAUUUGUUUCAAAUACUUUAAAGAAAGAAGAAGAAAAAGGGGGAGAGAGAGAGAGAGAGAGAGGGAGAUUCACGGAAUCGAUGACGAUCCUCUCCGCAAGACGUGGAGUGUUUGGAUGCGCGUACUGUUUGGUGAUUAUAUUGUUGUGCGCGAGGAUAUGCGUAUCCGCGAGAUCUGAUGAGGAAAUCCGGGAAAGGUUUUACGGUAACCUGGUGAAUUCGUCGGCGUCGGAUACCGGGGAAGAGAGUAUAGCCAAAAUGUUCGAUCGGGUUCUUGACAAAGAGUUCCCCGAAAAUGAUCAGUCCGAAGGAUCUGAUGCAAGCAGUUUCAACACUAGUGUAGCCGAUCAGCAAGCUGUGCUGGAGACUGUGGCUAAAAUCACUCAUGAGAAGACAAAGAGAAAUGAUACUCAAGAGGCAAAUGGCACAAGAUCAUUCCAGAUUCAAGAUGUAUUUUCCCUAGAAAAUGAAGAUUCAGAUGAGACAACAACUUUGAUUGACAAAAAGGAUAAUGUGUUUGUAAUGUCAAAUAAAAAAUCCAAGUAUCCGGUACUCCAAGUCGAUUUGAGAUUGAUUUCAGAUCUGGUGGUUGUCAUAGUCUCUGCUGCCAUUGGUGGUAUAAUCUUUUCAUGUUUGGGGCAACCGGUUAUUGUGGGCUAUCUUCUUGCGGGUUCACUUAUCGGACCAGGGGGUUUGAAAUUCAUUAGCGAAAUGGUACAGGUUGAAACUGUUGCACAGUUUGGUGUUAUCUUUCUUCUUUUUGCUCUUGGGUUAGAGUUUUCUUUGGCAAAGUUGAAAGUUGUGGGGCCAGUUGCUGUUCUUGGAGGUCUACUUCAGAUUGUGAUAUUUAUGUGCUUAUGUGGCAUAAUUGCGGUGUUAUGUGGAGCAAAAUUGUCUGAGGGUGUAUUUGUUGGCUCCUUCCUCUCAAUGUCAUCAACUGCAGUUGUUGUGAAGUUUUUAGUAGAACGGAAUAGCACUAAUGUUCUUCAUGGUCAAGUUACUAUUGGGACUCUAAUUUUUCAGGAUUGUGCUGUUGGUUUGUUAUUUGCUUUGCUCCCGGUUUUGGGUGGUAGCAGUGGCCUACUACAUGGAAUGAUUUCAGUGGGAAAGUUGAUGCUGGUAUUAUCGAUAUAUCUCACUGUUGCAUCUGUAUUGUCUUGGUCAUUUGUUCCUCGCUUCCUAAAGUUAAUGAUACAGAUAUCAUCUCAAACAAAUGAACUUUAUCAGCUUGCCGCUGUGGCUUUCUGCUUAUUGUCUGCUUGGUGCAGUGAUAAGCUGGGUCUCAGCCUUGAGUUGGGUUCAUUUGUAGCUGGAGUUAUGAUAUCUACUACUGACUUUGCACAGCACACUUUAGACCAGGUGGAACCAAUACGCAAUCUAUUUGCAGCUCUCUUCCUUUCUGGAAUUGGGAUGCUCAUACAUGUUCAUUUUCUCUGGAACCAUGUGGAUAUAUUGCUAGCAGCUGUUAUUCUAGUUAUUGUUGUUAAGACAGCUGUUGCUGCUGUGGUCACCAAGGCUUUUGGAUAUAGUUUUAGGACAUCUUUCCAUGUUGGAGUGUUGCUUGCUCAAAUUGGAGAAUUUGCUUUUGUUCUUUUAAGUCGUGCCUCAAAUCUUCACCUUGUUGAGGGAAAGAUGUAUCUUCUUCUCCUUGGAACAACUGCUCUUAGUCUGGUAACAACUCCUCUUUUGUUCAAAUUGAUACCUAAUGUGAUGAACUUGGGUGUCCUUUUACAAUGGUUUCCCUCAGAGAACAGCUCACAGAAUGAGGAGAAAGUUUCCAUCAUUGAAGCACAUAACAGAUUAUUGUGACUUUCCGAUAUGAUCAUAGUCUGCUUAUACUGGUGUUAGAAUUUAGGGCUUUAGAUGUUAUUGUUGGGGUUUCUGAUCACACGGCACGAUGUCGCUUCCACUGCAUAUCAGCUGAAAGUUCUCAUGUACACUAAUAUAUUCUUUAUUAUUCUUUGUAUAUUGUAUAUAGAUGAUUUUGUAUUUUGAGCCAUCACGAGUUCAUUCUUCUCCUGGUGUCAUGUUGUAACCCUAUACCAAAAUUCUGCUGUAAGAUUGCUUGCUUGACAGGUAUUCUUGCCUCUUGGGGGGCAAAAGGGUUAUACUAGAUCAUUAUUUACAGAAGAAAAUGUCUCCUUUUGGGACAAAUUUAUGAACCUUUACCGAGCUUCAUAUUUGGAUUCUACAUCGAAGUCUAUAUCUUUAUUAA